AUCUGGCUACAGGUGAUGAUCUUGCCCAUCGUCUACAACUGGGUCAUCAUCAUUCUGAGAACAUGCUUCACCUCAAUUGCGUUGGCCUACCUCCCCGUGUGGCUGACGCUGGACUAUCUGUCGGACGUCAUGUACAUUAUAGAUAUGAUCAUCACCAUUCACACAGGGUACUUAGAUCAAGGCAUCCUGAUUCAAGACUUGGAUCAACUAAAAAAGAACUACCUACACUCGAAGCGUUUUCUCAGAGAUCUGGCUUCCCUGGUGCCCACUGAUUUUUUUUACUUCCUGUUUGGCAUCCAAACACCGAUGGUACGGAUCAAUCGCCUUCUUCGCACACCGAAACUCAGCGAGGCCCUGGAUCGAAUGGAGACCAGAACGUCCUACCCGAACACGUUCCGCAUCUCCAAGCUCAUGAUCUACAUCUUUGUGUUGAUCCACUGGAACGCCUGCCUCUACUUCGCUCUUUCUAGCUACAUCGGUUUCGGGAGUGACCGUUGGGUGUACCCCAACAUCACAGACCCAGUGUUUGCCUCGAUGAGGCGGCAGUACUUCUACUGCUUCUGGUUUUCGGCUCAGAUUUUUACCACGGUGGGGGACACGCCACUACCUAAGAGGGAAGAGGAGUACUUGUUCAUGAUCGCCGACCUCUUGAUCGCUGUUCUGGUGUUUGCGUCAAUAGUCGGCAACGUGGGCAACGUCAUCACCAGCCUUCGGGAUCGUGACAAUGUCUUCUUCCCCAAUCAUGAGCUAGUGAAAGCUUACCUGCGGAGUCACCACAUCAGUAAAGAGCUUCGUCAGCGUAUAGACAACUGGUACCAGCAUCUUCACAUCAACAAGAAGAUCAUAAGAGAGAACGAAAUCCUGCAGCAGCUGCCGGUUCACCUGAGGACGGAGAUCGCAGUGAGCGUUCAUCUGCCCACGCUCUCUAAAGUCACCAUCUUCCAGAGCUGCGAGAAGAGUCUGCUGGAGGAGCUGGUCCUGAAACUGACGCCACAGGUGUUUAGUCCGGGCGAAUACGUGUGCAAAAAGGGUGACGUGGGUCAUGAGAUGUACAUCAUCAAAGAAGGCAAACUAGCUGUGGUGGCAGACGACGGUGUUACCGAGUUUGCUGUUCUGAGUGAGGGGAACUUCUUUGGGGAGAUAAGCAUCCUCAACAUCAAGGGCAACAAGUCGGGAAAUCGGCGCACCGCCAACAUCCGAAGUAUUGGCCACUCCGACCUCUUCAGCCUAUCUAAAGAAGACCUGACUGAUGUGCUGUCUGAGUUCCCUGCUGCUAAGCGCCAUCUGGAGGAGAAGGGCAGACAGAUCCUCACCAAGAUGGGCAUGUUAGAUGACAACAGGGAUGGAGCAGAUGAAGAGGAUGAGAAAAUAGAGACCAAGAUCAGUCGCCUGGAAGCCACUCUGGAGGUCCUGCAGACCAAACUGGCCCGUCUGAUGGUGGAGAUCGAGUCCAGUAACCGUAAAAUGCAGGCCCGAGUUGAGCAAGUGGAGUGGGAGGUGGCCAUGCAGGAGAAUCAGCUGGUAGCGAAUGGUCACAAGGAAGAUGGAGAAGUAGGACAGCGCCGAGGUGAGGGCGUUGGCGGAGAGGGGGUGUGGGAACGAGAGGAGGCAGAAGGAGAAGAAGAGGAGGAUUCACAGACUCCUGCACUAAAUCAACAGAGAGAGGAGCGCAGCGAGGUAACCAAGGAGGGAGAUGGAGAGAGCACUAAAAGCAACAGUCAAGAUGAGAGCAAGGCUGUGGAAGGAGAGCUGAAUGAGGAGAAGAAGACAGAUCCUGGAGAGGCGGAAGAUGCUCGAGUAGGAGAUGGGGAUGGAGCUGAGAUUGUAGAUGAGAAGAAAGCAGAAGAGGCUGGUGAGAUAAAGGAAGAAGAUGAAGCAAAAGAAGAAGAGGACGACCAACAAGGCUUGCCUCUGUGAAGAGAAUGACAAGUGACUGAAAGGA